AUGUCACGUUUCUGCCAAACACAUGUGCCACUUCAAAAAUUUUUGGCUGAAAAUGUUUCUAUAAUUAGCAAUAAUUUAGACACUUGGGUACAUUUAAUUUUACAAGAUGCCAAAAAUAUUUUACUUUCAUCCUUUUCCUUUUCAAAAAGCUUUGUUAGAAAUUAUGCCUCAGAACAUAUCGUAUAUAAUCUCCCUAAAGAAGACACGUACACAGGAUAUGAAUGCGAGCCUCCGUCUUUAGAAGUUCAAAUAACCAAAGAGGAAAUAGUUCAUAUGUACAAGCAAAUGGUAAUAAUGCGUAGAAUGGAAGUUACUUCUGAUGGUUUAUAUAAAUCAAAAUUUAUUAGAGGUUUUUGUCAUUUGUGUACAGGUCAAGAAGCAGUAUCUGUUGGUAUGGAAUCUGCUAUAACACCAGAAGAUGCAGUUAUAACUGCUUAUCGAUGCCACGGUUAUACCAUGGUAAGAGGCCGUAAAACUGGCAUUUCAAAAGGAAAAGGUGGCUCUAUGCAUAUGUUUGCAAAAAACUUUUAUGGUGGUAAUGGAAUUGUUGGUGCACAGAUACCUGUUGGUACAGGAAUAGCAUUUACACAAAAAUAUAACAAUACAAAUAAUGCCACAUUUAUUUUAUAUGGAGAUGGUGCAGCUAAUCAAGGACAAGUUUUUGAAUCUUACAAUAUGGCCAAAUUAUGGAAUUUGCCAGCAAUUUUUGUAUGUGAAAAUAAUUUUUAUGGAAUGGGAACAUCUAUCGACAGAAGUUCUGCGAAUACACGAUUUUACACUCGUGGACAGUAUAUCCCUGGUCUUAAGGUUAAUGGUAUGGAUGUAAUGGCAGUUAAAAAUGCGUGUUCAUGGGCUAAAGAUUGGACUGUUUCUGGAAAAGGACCUUUAGUAAUGGAGAUGGUUACUUAUCGUUAUGGUGGUCAUUCUAUGUCAGACCCUGGUACAACUUAUAGAACAAGAGAAGAAAUUCAACAUAUGAGAAGUAUAAAUGAUCCAAUUACCAAACUAAAGCAACGCAUAAUAGACAUAGGCCUUCUUACAGAAACAGAGCUUAAGCAAGUUGAAAAGGAAGCACGUACAAUUCUUGAAGAUGCAUCUAAAAAAGCUCAAAGUGAUCCAUUACCUGAUGAAUCAGAAUUGUAUACUGAUAUAUAUGUUAAAGGAUCAAACCCACCUCUUAUACGUGGGAGAGAAAGUGAAGAAUUUGGAUUUGUAAAAGAAUAA